AUGAGCAUUUUUGGGUGCACCACAAAUGAAACAGAUUAUCUCAAUGAGAACAACUUACCUGUGGAGCUGCAGACUCCAAAUGUCAUUAAUCCUGUGUAUAGUGUGUCGGCUGUUCAGUCCAGUAAUGGACUUGUGAAGACUGGUACCGGUGUUGGUUAUAAUGGCACCCGGCCAGGUGAACCUUAUGUGGAAAUAUCGGAGCAGCCUCAGCAGCGUGGCUUCCGAUUUCGCUACGAGUGUGAAGGGCCUAGUCAUGGGGGACUUCAGGGAACCAAGAGUGAGAGAAGUCGAAAAUCAUAUCCCACAAUAAAAAUUUGCAACUACAGUGGUGCUGCAAGGGUGGUUGUCAGUUUAGUCACAGACGAGAAGACGCCGCGAGCUCAUGCCCACAAGCUUGUUGGAAGUAACUGUAAAAAUGGACUCUGUACAGUAGAAGUUAAAGCAAAUGUAGAACCUGUCAGCUUUGCAAACUUGUCCAUUCUACACGUAACCAGGAAGAAAUUAGUCGACGUGUUAACGGAGCGCAUACUGGACUCCAUCAUACUGAACAAGAAGCUCAAGGCUAACAAUAUGAACUUUGACCCACCUUUGACAGAUGAAGACAAAAGAACGGCCAGGCAACAAGCAGAGGAACAGUCCAAGACAAUGCAGCUGAAUGUAGUCAGAUUAUGCUUCCAAGUUUUUCUUCGUAACGUGGAUGGUUCUUUCAGCACCAUGCUGACUCCAGUUGUCUCCCAGCCAAUCUAUGACAGCAAAUCACCUGGCGCCUCAGCCCUCAAGAUUUGUCGUAUGGACAAGUAUGGCGGCUGUUGCUCUGGUAACGAAGAAGUCUUCCUUCUGUGUGAAAAAGUUCAGAAAGAUGACAUCCAAGUGAGGUUUGUAGAGCAGAAUUCAGAUGGCUCUGUCAAAUGGGAAGCAUAUGGAAACUUUGGUCCACUUGAUGUCCACCGACAGUACGCCAUAGUGUUCAAAACACCAGCCUACUGGAACACCAACAUCGACAAAGCUGUCAAUGUUCUCAUCAUGCUGCAGCGCAAGACUGACCUGGAGGUCAGCGAACCAAAAGCUUUCACAUACUUUCCACAAAACAGAGAUAAAGACAACAUUGCCAGCAAAAAGCGAAAACGCAUCCCACUGGACGGCUAUGAUUUUGGUGGAGACGGCAGCCUUAGUGGUCCAGGUGUGGGUGGUGAUGGAGGUGGUGGAUAUGGUCUUGCUGGGGGAAAUAGUCCUGGCAGUGGAAGCCUAGGAAAUUCAGGAGGCAGUGGUACAAAUGGCAACAUCAUGAUGGUUUUACAGAAUAGUGCAGAGAAGGAGGAAUUAGGAACCAGCUGUGCACUAUUAGAGAGUGAACAUCUGAUGGCUUCAAUCAACAGUGCUUCAUUAUCCAAUGAUCCAUGGAUGCUGGAUGAGCAGGAUAUUGAAGUGGAUGCUGCCAUCAUUCCAACUCGCCCGGCUAUGAGUACAAUAAGGGAACUUCCGUCUGUGAAUACAAGGAAACCUCCAGCUAGACCUAAAGGAGAACUGUUAAAUGAACAAACUCAGCAUUCACAAGCAUUGACUGCUGACAAAGAACAUCAAGAGAAGAAGGAUAAAAAACCUGAUACAAAAUGUCUGCCUUCAGAAUCCUCACUUGAAUGGUUAGAUUCAGGCGUUGAUCCAGACAGUGUCAAAUCUAUCUGUUCCUUGGAUGAGAGGAAAGGGUCAAUUACUAUCAAAGACGCAGGGCAGCAAGUGAAGAUGGAUGUUAAAAGUGGUGCCAAGGAAGGAAAACUUGAAAGAAAAGCGAGCAGGUCAUCAGAUAUGUCAGAGAAUCCCUCAGAAUCAGAUGGAAAAGUAGAAAUAUCAUCAUCAUCAGAGGGCAUUAGAAGCGAUGAGGGCUUUUCAGAAACAUCAGAGGAAACAGCAAUAAAAGCGCAGCAGUUGUCUCCUCUGAAGUCAAAAUGUGAAGGUCAUGUGGUUAAACCCAAAUUAGAUCACUCAGUGAGUCACUGUUCCCAGCUGACAGACACAGUCAGGAAAGUUACCGGUCGUGUGGCAGAACGAACUCUGGCAGCUCUCACAGAUUUUGCAGAGACUGGAGAUAUUCGACAUCUUCUGUUAGUGCAGCGCCAUCUUAUGGCAAUCAGCAACAAGAAUGGUGAUUUACCACUUCACCUAGCAGUCAUAAACUCCCAGCCUAAAGCUCUGAAAGCACUGUUGGAUGUGAUGCGCACAUUGCCCGUCUCGGAACAGCUCAUCAACUCUGUCAACUACCUGACUCAGACACCCCUGCAUCUGGCAACAGUGAUGAAACAGAACAACAUGGUUGAGAUGCUGCUACACGCUGGAGCUGACUCCACUAUAGCUGACCGCAACGGUAACACUGCUGCUCAUUUGGCUGUCCUAAACAAUUCAAGUGCUUGCCUCAAAACAUUGGUCAAGUAUUUGAGACCAGGCCAGAGCCGGACGAACCCAUUCCCUGAGCUGAACUACCUGAAUUAUGAUGGCUAUUCUCCUGUACACCUGGCUGCACUGACAGGCAAUGUAGAAAUGCUUCGUACAUUAGUGUUUGGUCAAGCUGAUGUUGAAUUACCAGAUGGGAAAAGUGGAAAAACAGCAUUACAUCAUGCAGUUGACAAUGAUGAUCUACCAGUCGCUGGUUAUUUACUUAUGGAAGCUGGCGCUGACGUGAAUGCCAGAUGUUUUGAUGGCAACACAGCUCUACACAUCGCAUGUGCUCGCCAGCUGGUUGGCAUGGUGGCUCUGUUGAUGACAGCCGGGGCAGACUUGGACUGUGAAAACGAGGAGAUUCCGGACCCAGACGUGGGAGAUGAAUCUGGGAAGAUGUGCAGAAGGGGUCUUAAACCAGUUGACUAUGUGAAUGAUAAUGAACAG